AGGUUCAUCUCACUAGCUCCUCCUCGGAUGUCUGGAAAGUUCUAUGCCCCUUAAAGCGCUUGUCAGACGUUGGUCUGCAGGACAACGUGGACCUGAAUCAACCCCGAGAGAGGCACAACUUCGGCUCCCAAACGAGUGAGCCUGUAUAAACCUUUAAAGUAAGCGAGGCUAGCGUUGAGCUUAAACCAGCGUCAGUCAGCGGCGCCGUUAAACGGCUUGUUGCGUCUCUCUCUUGGCGUGCUCAGAGAAGGGGUUAGCUAGCUUUAGCCUCCACCACUGUCAGCUACGUGAAGUGUGGAGCAGGUCAGAGGAGGAGGGAUGACAAUGACUGCAGAGGAGCAGACAAGUGAAGGACAACACAACAUCCCAAUGGAGGGGGAGGACAUCACACCAAAGAAAGACGGGGGUGUUUUGAAGGUAAAGGACUCUUGUGAUUGUUAGCUGUCUGCUUCAUGUUUACUCGCACGCCAAGGCUAACGUUAGCUGGCUGCUCGACUAGUUUGAUGUAUUGUCAAUCAGGCAGCUAAUGCAGGUCAGUUACAACGUUGACAACACUAUCUAUCAAUGAAUUACCUGCUAGUUUGAACCGUUUCCCUCUGCUUGUCUUCCAGCUGGUGAAAAGGGAGGGCACAGGCACAGAGCAGCCCAUGACCGGUGACAAAGUGUUUGUGCAUUAUGUGGGCACACUGCUGGAUGGGACUCAUUUCGACUCCAGCAGAGACAGAGGAGACAAGUUUUCUUUUGAGUUGGGCAAAGGUUGGUUUCAUAUCACUUUUUUUUAUCAGAUAUAUCUAUAGUUUGCUGUUGUGGGAAAGAUACUAGUUCAUAAUCAAUCUUCUCUCUCUUGAUAGGUCAGGUAAUUAAAGCAUGGGACAUCGGUGUAGCCACCAUGACGAUUGGGGAGGUGUGCCAGCUUGUAUGCAAGCCAGAAUAUGCUUAUGGGUCUGCAGGUAGCCCACCCAAGAUCCCUCCCAGUGCCACUCUUGUUUUUGAGGUAAUCACAAGUGAUUUUGGGCUGGAAUUACUCAACAUUUCAACCCUAAUCCUCGACCUGAAAUGUCAGUUUCAGAAUAAGAUGAUUUAUUGUUUACAUGAUUGUAGAUUGAACUUUUUGAGUUUCGGGGUGAGGACAUAACUGAGGAUGAAGAUGGAGGAAUUAUCCGUCGUAUUAUGACCAAAGGAGAGGGAUAUUCCAAGCCUAAUGAAGGAGCGGCUGUUGAAGGUAUGCAUCCAAAUCUUUUGUCAGUAAACAAAUUGACCUGGUUGCAGCUGCAUCUUUUUAAGGUGGAAAUUAAAACAUAAUCAGUCAAACUCGUCGUCGUAGUUUUUUUCCGCUUCAUCUGGGUCCGGGUCGCGGGGGCAGCAGCUUCAGGAGGGAAGCCCAGAUGGCCCUCACCCCAGCCACUUCCACCAGCUCCUCCGGGGGGAUUCCCAGGCGCUCCCAGGCCAGGCGAGAGAUGUAAUCCCUCCACCUGGUCCUGGGCCGGCCAUGAGGUCUUCUCCCGGUGGGACAUGUCUGGAACACUUCUAACAGGAGGCGCCCAGAAGGCAUCCUAACCAGAUGCCUGUGCCACCUCAGCUGACUCCUCUCGACAUGGAGGAGGAGCAGUUCUACCCUGAGCGCCUCCCGAGUGUCCGAGCUCCUUACCCGUUCUCUAAGGCUGAGUCCAGCCACCCUGCGAAGGAAACCCAUUUUGGCUACUUGUAUCCGCGAUCUUGUUCUUUCGGUCAUUACCCAAAGUUCAUGGCCAUAGGUCAAACUACAAAUCAUAAACAUAAGAUGUGUGCAUGCUUCUUUCUACUCUCCAAACACACUUUAUUACACCAGACAAACAAUGAUGAUUAACAUGAUUGUGUCUUAGUCUGCCUCAAUAAGUGUUUGGGGGUUCAGUUUGAGGACAAUCAGGAUGGGUUUUGGCUGCUUGUUUUUUGUAAUAAUGUAAACAGGCAGUAGGGAACAAACAGAUGUCCUCUCCCUUUUGUCACAGUGACCAUGGUGUUACAAAUGCCAUUUCUUACAUGUUGAGCACCUUGUUUCAUCUGUUUACCUAAUUGUAGUGAGACUCAAUACUUGCAUGGAUUCACCCAUGGCUGGAGAAGUUACUCCUUUUGGAUUCUCAGAUUACUUGUGAUAUAAAGCAAAGCAACUCUAUCACCAUACAUCCAAACUGUUAAGCAAACGGCACUACUUAUGCUUCUAAAGCCAAGUCUGUGCAAAGCGGAAAUUAUCAAGUGGUAUGAAUGUUGUCCACCUGCAUUUUAACAAAAAAUACCAUUGUUGUAUAUCCUUGUUAUCUAACUCGGCUGCGAUUCACUUUCUCGCAUUUUCAAAACAAUGCAAUCCGAUUCAGCUUUGCGAACAUGCAACUCCAUCUGCAGAUGUCAAUCAACCGGCUGUUUUUUUUAUCAACUUUCUUUUAGUUACCUUGGAGGGUUCCUGUGAGGGCCGUGUGUUUGAUGAGAGGGAAUUGAAGUUUGAGAUUGGAGAUGGGGAAGGUCUCGGCUUUCCAGUUGGAGUGGAGAAAGCUAUAAUGGCUAUGGAGCAGGGAGAAGAGGCACUCUUCACUAUGAAGCCUAAGUAUAUGAACUAGAAAUAAAUAUGUAUGUUUGUAGGUGUAGGUGUCGUCUUGUUUUUAUUAGCCUUUACAGGGAAGUGUAAAGACUAUAGUCUGGUUUGAAGUUUAUGCUUCUAUAUUCAAAGGUUAAGAUGACUAAUCCUAAAUGUUGUUUACCUGCAGGUAUGGUUUUGGAAAUGCGGGAAAUGCAAAGUAUAAUAUCCCUGGUGGAGCAACACUGCAGUACAAAAUCAAGCUUACAGCCUUUGAAAAGGUAAACAGAUCUUUGCACUGUGUUGCAAACGCACCUUGGCCAUGGUGGCCAAUUAGAUAUCACUCGUGUACGGUGACAUUUUUUCCCUGUUAAUGAUGAAGGUCUGUUUUUUUCCUGUAGGCUAAGGAGUCGUGGGAGAUGAACACAGUCGAGAAGCUGGAACAGAGCGGCAUUGUCAAGGAGAAGGGAACACAGUAUUUCAAAGUAUAUACGUUUUUUUUUUUUCCUUCAAAGCAUUCUACAAAGAGAAUUUCUAAGACAACCACUGUUGGAUACUUUGUUUGCUGAUGCACUCAUUUCAUAUGCCUCAGGAGGGAAAAUACAAGCAGGCAUCAGUGCAGUACAAAAGGAUCGUGUCAUGGCUGGAACAUGAGUCUGGUUUGUCAGAGGAGGAUGAGAAGAAAGCAAAAGUGCUGCGACUGGCUGCGCAUCUGAACCUGGCCAUGUGCUUCCUUAAACUACAAGAGCCUAACCAAGCCCUGGAAAACUGUGACAAGGUGUUCAAUAAUUUCUUGUUUCAUAAACAACCUUAGAUCAAUCAGUUCACAGCAGGUUAGAGACUUAAAAGUGCAAAGAUUGAAAAAUGCUUAAAUUCUAGAUGCUGAACACAUUUUGCAAAAUGUAUGUUGAUAUCGCUUCAGGAUUUCUUUUUUUCUUUUUGUUAAAAAGCAAUAAAUAUUUCAUUUUAUCCCAUUUAUAAUUACAGGCUCUGGAGUUGGAUGCAUCGAAUGAGAAGGCUUUGUUCCGAAGAGGAGAGGCACUGUUUAAUAUGAAUGAGUUUGACAAGGCCAGAGAUGAUUUUCAACAAGUAAUCCAGCUGUAUCCUGCCAACAAGGCUGCCAAGAGCCAGGUACAACUGCCCCGUGUGUAGAAUGAAAAUUUCAAAACUUUGUUUUUAAGUCAUCAACAUAACUGUGUUUGUAAUACCUCCAAAAGUUCAGAGAGAAAAAAUAAUGUUUCCUUUAAUAUACAGGAGAGUGCUGCUUUGCUGUGAGCUUCUCUGACAUACUUAUUGUUCUGUCAUUAGAGAUGAAAUAUGAGCACCAUGUUCACUUAUACCUGUUAUAUUUGACAUGAUAUUUCUUGGCUGUUGCAAACAGAUGCUGCCCAUUGAAAAUGUCAAAAUAUGUAGAAGAAUAUGUGGACAAUAUUUAAGAAUCAGGACAAAUGAAACACUAAAACUGUUCAUUAGUAUCCUUUGUGAACUGGGUUUCUGACUUACCCCUUCUAAUAUCCCACCAGGUGGCCCUCUGUCAGAAACGCAUCAAGGAGCAGCAUGAGAAGGACAAACGCAUCUACGCAAACAUGUUCCAGAAAUUUGCUGAGAGGGAUUCAAAGGUGAAGGGUUGUUUCUACAACAGCCACAAGAGGGUGGAACAAGCAUGAGUUUAUAUUGUCAGAGGCCUGAUGAAGUAAAAAAAGUGGCUGAUUUUGUUUUUGUGUUUUUUGCUGUUUCUUGAUCAGAAAGAAGCUGAAAGAGUGAAGCCUGCAAAUAAAGAGAACGGGGAUGAAGAGAUGGAGAUUGAGAACGGAGAAAAAGAAGCUGGAAGUGAAACAAAGGUGUAGAUGAAGACGUGACUGUUAUUGGUUCAUUUGUACUUUCGACUUUUGUAACUUCAGCCAUUUGAGUGGAAAAUGUGUGGAUGUGUGUGUCAAAAGUGUGAGUGUGUGUAUGAGUAUGAGCAUGUUAACGCAGGCACUGACUUUGGGCGCGUCUCCUCUUGCUUCCCUUGUGUCCAAUCUUUAUGCUGUGGCUGCAAGCCGGUUGGGUGACUUUGCCAGCCGAUGGCACGAUGGGUUGAGGCUUUUACAAACAAAUUGUGUUCCUCCACCACCAACCUUUUUCAACCCACAGCUUUGAACGCUGCAUGUGUUUUCACAGCCUCUUGGGAAUAAAACAAAUGCAUCCUUGUGUUAAGUACAUAAUUUCAGACCUGCACCCGUCAAGGGCUAGACCAGUUACCUUGCACUACCCUGUGUCCUACAUCCCUCCUCACAUUUUAUGCUCCUCCAUCCAACCCUCCUCUCAUGGGCCUACUGAUCAAUUUCUGGAGUUGUGGUGGCUGUGCAUAAAUGUGAUGUGUCUGAAUGUCAGAAUACCUAUGUCCCAAAGUACGUAUGUAGCAGCACUGUGGAUAGGUGGAGUAAUCAGACAAUAGCCUUGAAUAGCUAGUCCACUUAAAGCUUUUCUGUCUAUCUAAAGAUGGAGCUCCCUUUUAGCCUUGAGAGUACAGGAGUGUUUGUCUUUAUUUUUUAAAUGUUUGACUUAUUUUCAGUGUCGUGCUUGUGAUAUAUGUCCUGUUAUCAGAAUGGAUCCAACAAAUUGCAUAACUGGAAUGUGUUUGUUUUAAAGCAGCUUAAAGGACACGAAUUGGGGUCUUGGAAACACACGUAAAAACAGUUUAAUAUUAGUCUUAAUGUAAAGUUCAAAGUACAUGUAUGAAAACGUGCAGCUGUGGCUCAGAUUUAGGCUGUCAAGGAUGGUACUCCAUAGAAAAAAAUGGGAACCCAGUUUAUUGGAGUCAACAGUACCUGGGGAGGCAGAAAUAGAGAAAGGUGGCAAAUUUACAACAGAGCUGUGUUGAGUUCAUCUUUUUUUUUUUGAAAGAGUCACUGCUUGUGCUGCCCUGACGGAAGGAUAUAAUAAACAAUACCUAAAACUUGACUGCAGUGGUCCAAAUCUGUUCCCCUCACUCUCACUGCCAUGCACCAAUUGCAUUUGUUCUUUGUGUAUAAAUGAAACAUGCUAAAGACAAAUAUUCACUGUAAUCAGGUGGAUUGAAGCCAAGUACAGCAAGAGCAAAAAGUGACUAUUUGGACAUUAAGGAAUCAGUUAAAACCAACUUUAUUGCGCAUUUUACUGUGAUAUUGAGAUUUGAAACUUAAUGAGGUAACUUUAAGAUUAUUUUGCAAUGCUAUAUUACAUCUCUUUUUUUGUUAAGUUGGAGAGCUCCAUGUACACUUUCUGUGCUUCUACACAUAAUUAAUACAAGAAUACUUGCAACCGAUAACAAAUUAGUCAAAAAAGCAUUAAAAUUAUGUUGGAAUUGUGCAAAACCAUUUUGUUGAGCUUUGGCAGGAUGCACUACUUACCAAUUAUAGUACCUGUUAGAUCCGUUGUGCCUGCAGUUGAUGAGCGGUCAGAGUCUUCUUUCUCCAAGGACAAACAGGAUCUAAUCUGAUCCUCCAGCUCUCUCACAAGGACACUAGUGUCAGCUUACAGACCUGGUAUCGCUCUAAAAGCUGCUUGUUCAUUGCAGGUGAUCAUAAUGAAAGAAAAGAACAAUCCCAUCAUUUAUUCACCACUACCGAAUCAUGUUUGACCAGCAUUAGUGGUUUGUAAUUUUCUCAGACUAGAUAAGCCUUUUGCUGUUUCUUGAUCAGAAAGAAGCUGAAAGAGUGAAGCCUGCAAAUAAAGAGAACGGGGAUGAAGAGAUGGAGAUUGAGAACGGAGAAAAAGAAGCUGGAAGUGAAACAAAGGUGUAGAUGAAGACGUGACUGUUAUCGGUUCAUUUGUACUUUCGACUUUUGUAACUUCAGCCAUUUGAGUGGAAAAUGUAUGGAUGUGUGUGUCAAAAGUGUGAGUGUGUGUAUGAGUAUGAGCAUGUUAACGCAGGCACUGACUUUGGGCGCGUCUCCUCUUGCUUCCCUUGUGUCCAAUCUUUUUGCUGUGGCUGCAAGCCGGUUGGGUGACUUUGCCAGCCGAUGGCACGAUGGGUUGAGGCUUUUACAAACAAAUUGUGUUCCUCCACCACCAACCUUUUUCAACCCACAGCUUUGAACGCCGCAUGUGUUUUCACAGCCUCUUGGGAAUAAAACAAAUGCAUCCUUGUGUUAAGUACAUAAUUUCAGACCUGCACCCGUCAAGGGCUAGACCAGUUACCUUGCACUACCCUGUGUCCUACAUCCCUCCUCACAUUUUAUGCUCCUCCAUCCAACCCUCCUCUCAUGGGCCUACUGAUCAAUUUCUGGAGUUGUGGUGGCUGUGCAUAAAUGUGAUGUGUCUGAAUGUCAGAAUACCUAUGUCCCAAAGUACGUAUGUAGCAGCACUGUGGAUAGGUGGAGUAAUCAGACAAUAGCCUUGAAUAGCUAGUCCACUUAAAGCUUUUCUGUCUAUCUAAAGAUGGAGCUCCCUUUUAGCCUUGAGAGUACAGGAGUGUUUGUCUUUAUUUUUUAAAUGUUUGACUUAUUUUCAGUGUCGUGCUUGUGAUAUAUGUCCUGUUAUCAGAAUGGAUCCAACAAAUUGCAUAACUGGAAUGUGUUUGUUUUAAAGCAGCUUAAAGGACACGAAUUGGGGUCUUGGAAACACACGUAAAAACAGUUUAAUAUUAGUCUUAAUGUAAAGUUCAAAGUACAUGUAUGAAAACGUGCAGCUGUGGCUCAGAUUUAGGCUGUCAAGGAUGGUACUCCAUAGAAAAAAAUGGGAACCCAGUUUAUUGGAGUCAACAGUACCUGGGGAGGCAGAAAUAGAGAAAGGUGGCAAAUUUACAACAGAGCUGUGUUGAGUUCAUCUUUUUUUCUUUUGAAAGAGUCACUGCUUGUGCUGCCCUGAUGGAAGGAUAUAAUAAACAAUACCUAAAACUUGA